CACCCGCCUUUAUAUAUCCAUUAUUUGAAGUUUUAAGCCACACAUUAUCUCCCCUAUACUACACAUCCAAAAGGCCAGGGAACCAGAAAACACCAUGGCUACUGGCCCCUCUAACAAACAACAAAUCUCUUCCUCUUCUUCGUCUUCUUCUUCUCCAUCUUCUUCUUCAACCUUAAGCUCCAUGAAACUCAAGACCCUUCUCCAGACCUUCAUCUUCUCCCAUCUUUACCGCAUUGCACGCGCCGUCGCUAAAGCCAAGUCCAUUCUCUUGCACCUCCUCAAGGACAUCCAUGUCGUCCACUUACUCCACCUCCCAUUGAUGACGAAGAAGAGCAACAAGAACAAGCACUUUCUUGGCUCCUUCAGGCUGCACUACAACUGGUGCUCGUCCCACGUCGCGCCGGUCCCUAUGCCGGAAGAGAUCAGCGGCGGCCCCACCGCCGCCGGCGCCGGAGCAGGAGGCGGCCGCGUCUACUACGACCCCACGUGGAAUUCUUUCCUAUCUGCCGCGUUUGAUCGUGAGGACCCCAAGGAGCUCUCCGGCUACCUCCACUGGCUCGAAGAGAAGGGUCGCGAGGAGCCCAACGGUGGCGGCCGCGGCGGCGGGGCGGCGGGGAACAACGGGGACGACAUUGAUCGGCUGGCGGAUAUGUUCAUUGCUAACUCUCAUGAGAGGUUCCGGUUGGAGAAAGUUGAGUCGUAUAGGAGAUUUCAAGAAAUGCUGGCUAGAAGUGUAUGAGCUAGCUAACUUAGCUUGCUUCAACCUCUCUCUCUCUCUCCUAAAUUUUAAUAUUUUCCCUUCUUCUUUUUUUGGGUUUUUUUUUUUUCUUUUAAUGAUUACUUACAUAAUGAAAAAUAGGGGUAUGGAGAAUUGUGCAUGCAAUGGAUGGUUAAAUCUUGAAUGGAUGGGGUUAUGGGAAUUGUGCAAUUCUCCUCUUUUGACUUAUCAUCUUGUUCAUAUAGUUUGAGAUGUGAAAUUAAGUUUAAUUCAAAUUU